CCUAAUUUUUUCACUGGCCAUAUUUUUUUCACUUCUCUUCAGAGUUCAGUCCCUGACAAUCCGCAUGCGGUUGGCGUUCUGCAUUCUCGCCGGAAAUGACAAUCAAGGGCAAGGGCAAGGAAGUCGCCGGCAAAGAUUCCUCCGGAAAGAGGAAGCGGAGCGAUGGGGACGACAAGACUGGUGGUGGUCGCAAGACGAGGAACCGGGGAGUUCUGCAGUUCUUCGAAGACGCUGCUGAGACUGGAGACACUGACGACAGCUUCGACAGUGACUUUGACGAUGAUUUUCUAGAUGAGGAUUUUGAUACUGUGCAACCAACAAAGAAUGAACCAGCCAAGGCCCAUAGCCUUCCAGUUUUUCCCAAAGAGGAAGGGAUGGAUGAGGAAGAAUUUGAUAAAAUGAUGGAAGAACGUUAUGGCAAUGGUUCUACGUUUGCUACUUAUAACGCUGGAGAAGAGUAUGAUGACAAAACAUUUGAGUUGAAUUCUUUAACAACUGCCAUUGAAUCAAUGCCCACUAUUUGGAAAGUCAAAUGCACAGUUGGGCGUGAAAGGCAUUCAGCUUUCUGUCUGAUGCAUAAGUUUGUUGAGUUGAAAUCCCUGGGCAAUAAACUGCAGAUAAUAUCUGCAUUUGCUGUUGACCAUAUGAAGGGAUAUAUCUACAUUGAAGCUGAAAAGCAAUGUGAUAUUUAUGAGGCGUGCAAUGGGAUCUCUAGUAUUUAUGUUACUCGAGUGCAUCCUCUUCCAAAGAAUGAAAUUCUUCAUCUGUUCUCAGUACGAAGUAGAUGCAAUGAAGUUUCUGUGGGCAUGUGGGCCCGGGUGAAAAAUGGUAAAUACAAGGGUGACCUAGCACAGGUUGUGGCUGUGAACAAUAUACGGAAAAAAGUAACAGUGAAGCUUAUUCCGAGAAUUGAUUUACAAGCAAUGGCUGCCAAAUUUGGUGGAGGACAUAGGAUUCAAAACAAUGACACACCAGCUGCAAGAUUAAUCAGCGCUAGUGAACUUGAGGAAUUUCGACCUCUCAUGCAUUAUAGACGUGAUCGUGAGAUAGGCAAGGUCUUUGAGGUUCUUGAUGGUCUAAUGCUCAAGGAUGGAUAUCUAUACAAGAAAGUAUCUAUGGAUUCAUUAAAUUUUUGGGGUGUUGUUCCAAAAGAUGAGGAGCUCUUAAAGUUUGCACCAUCUGAAAACAAUGAAUCAAAUGAUUUGGAGUGGCUGACUCAGAUUUACGGUGAGCCUAAGAAAAAGCGGACUGUAAGAGGAGAUAAAGGAGGUGAGAAAGGAGAGGGCUCAUCUAGCUCAGGUGUGGGGAAUGGUUUUGAAAUGUAUGAUCUUGUAUGUUUUGGCAAGAAAGACUUUGGUGUUAUCAUAGGCAUGGAUAAAGAUGAUACCUACAAGAUACUGAAAGAGAGUCCAGAUGGACCUGUUGCUACUACUGUUGAACGCCGUCAGAUAAAGAGCGGGCUAUUUGAUAUAAAACUUAGUGCUCAAGAUCAGCAGAAAAAGAUCAUCACUGUUAAUGAUACUGUCAGGAUUAUUGGGGGCCCAUCUGAGGGUAAACAAGGUAUUGUUAGGUACAUCUAUAGAGGGGUUGUCUUUAUAUAUGAUGGCAAUGAGGAAGAGAAUGGUGGUUAUAUUACUGCCAAACCUCAUAUGUGUGAGAAACUCAAGCUUAGUGCUGGUGAUUGUAGUGAAAAGGGUCAUGAACCAGAUUCUUCAGCUUUCGAAGAUUUGCCAACAUCUCCUAAAUCCCCUUUGUCACCUGAAAGGCAGUGGCAAGCAAGAGAACAGACCCGUGAAUUCAGCAAAGGAAACGAUGAUGGAUUAUAUACUAUUGGUCAAACCUUGAGAAUUAGAGUGGGCCCUUUGAAGGGAUAUAUCUGUCGGGUUAUAGCUAUACGUCGCUCUGAUGUUACUGUGAAACUUGAUUCUCAGCAAAAGGUUCUUACAGUUAAAUGUGAGCAUCUUUCUGAGGUACAAGGGAAGAGAAUUGCCAUGUCAUCAAGCGUUGACCCUGAUUCAAGCAAGCCUUUUGAUCUACUGGGUACUGGGGACAGCUCAGGAGGUUGGAUGGACGGAAUUGGAGCAUCAGCUGGUGGUGAUGGAUGGAAUACUGGAGGGGUGCAACCUGAAAGGAGUGCCUGGUCUAACCUUUCCACAUCAAACUUCCCGCAGUCUGAAUCUCUUUCAAAUCCUGAGGGUGAUGCUUCUGGUAAAGGUGUAGAAGAUAAUGCUUGGGCCGUCAAAAGUACUUCAGUUAAGAAAUCCUCCUGGGGUGCAGCUGCUGACAAUGCUGGAACUGCUGCUGACCCUGGUCAAUCUGGUGGCUUGGGGAAAGGGGAAGACGGCUGGAGCCUGGCAAAACCUGCUGACAAAGUUGAUGGAGACCAGCCCUCUGGAUGGAGCAGCAAAAGUAACUGGAAUGCUUCCAAAGCUUCAGGGGAGCCCUCUAGUUGGGCUCAGAAAUGUGACAAGAAUAUUGGAGAGCAAAGUGGUCAAUCUUCUUGGAAUAGGGAGAAGACAUCAGAUAAAAGUCCAGCGGCAGGAUGGGGUCAGGUUAAUGGUGAAAACAGUGGAUUGGCUGAUGGAGGAAACUCAAACACUAAUUGGGGUGCUUGGAAGUCUGGAAGCAGUGAUGCCAAAAAAGUCGAAAACCCUUCUGUUGAUGAUGGUGGUUGGAAAACUAAGUCAAACAAUAAAGAUAACUCUGGAGGAAAUUCAGGUUCUGUCUGGGCCUCUCAGAAACAAAGUUCCAGUGAUGUGAAUGGAGACCAGCCCUCUGGAUGGAACAGCAAAAGUAAUCAAAUACUCCCAAAGCUUCAGGAGGAGAGCCCUCUUGUUGGGGGUAAUGGUGCAAAAAGUGGAUUGGCUGAUGGAGGAAACUCAAACACUAAUUGGGGUGCUUGGGAGUCUGGAAGCAGUGAUGCUAAAGAAGUCGAAAACUCUUCUGUUCAGGAUGGUGGCUGGAAGACUAAGUCUACCAAUAAAGAUGACUCUGGAGGAAAUUCAGAUUCUGUCUGGGGCUCUCGUAAACCAAGUUCAAGUGAUGUGGAUGGAGGCCAACCCUCUGGAUGGAAGAGCAAAAGUAACUGGAAUACUCCCAAAGCAGGAGGAGAGCCCUCUGGUUGGGGUCAGAAAUCUGAUGAGAAUAUUGGAGAGCAAAGUGGGUCAGAAAGUUCAAGUGAUGUUUCGACUGGAUGGGGUAAUAGUCCUGGCUGGAAAAGUGGAUCAAGUGCUGGCAACAAACAAAGUUCUGAUUGGAACACCUCUAAAGAGGGUCUGGCUAAUGAUCAAAGUGGUUGGAACAGAAUAGAAACUGCUGAAAGUGAAAAGAUGCCUAAUAGAGAUUCAUCAACUAGUUGGGGUCAAGGGAGUAGUUCAAACUGGAAUUCUGGUCGUGCUGAUGCUGGAAAUCAAGAUUCCAAUUGGGGAAUGAAAAGCAACUGGAGUUCUGGAUCUGGUGAUCAAGACGCCAACUGGGGAAGGAACAGUAAUUGGAAUGACUUAAAUGGCAAAAAGUUUAGUGGUGGUAAUGAAGCUUCUGGUGAUGGCGGGGCUGGGGGGAAUUGGAGUGGUGGUAAUGGAGGUAGGGGUGGCUCUGACAGAGGUGGUUUUCGGGGUAGAGGAGGUUUUCGAGGUAGAGGAGAACGCGGGAGCUUUGGUGGCAGAGGUGAUCGUGGGGGAUUUGGUGGUGGCAGGGGAGGUGAUCGGGGUGGAUUCCGUGGUAGAGGCAGAUCAAACAGGGAAGACUCUGGUGGUAGAUGGGGAUCAGAAAGUGGAUUUGGAGGCCGAGGCCGAGGCCGUGGAAGGAGGGACCAAUCUGGGGGUUGGAGCAAUAAAAGGGAUUUUGGUGAUGAUUCCUCUGACUGGAAGAAGGAGACGGAUAAUAAAACUGAGGGUUGGAAGAAUAGCACUGGGUCUGGGGCCUGGAACCAGGGGAAUUCUGACAAGGACUCAAGCUGGAACCAAGGGGGUGGAAGCCAAAAGCAAUGGCAGAGUUGGGGUUCAGCAGGUGAACCUAGGGGUAAUUGGAACAGCAAGAGCUUAAACCAGCCGGCAGAUGCUAAAGAAAAUUCUGGCUGGAACAAAGUAACAGAGUCUACACAUGAAAAUGCUACGGACAAGGGAAAUGGUUGGAAUUCCCAUGGGGACCAGGGUUGUGGCUGGAACAAGUGUAGUGCAACAAAGGAGGCUGAUGAAAUUAAGCUCCAAGAGGAUGGAUGGAAUAAGAAUCCUAGUUCUAAGACUCUGUCUGGGAGUUGGGGCAAGCCUGAGAUGAAUCAGAAAGAUGGUUGGAGCCAAUCAACUGCUACUGAUAAGGGUCAAUCAUCAAGUUGGAAUGCGUCAAAUGGAGGAGCAGGUUCUUGGGGAAAGAAAAAUGACGGGACUGGCAACAGUGGAUGGUGAACAACUCCCCAAAACGUGCUAUAUGGCCCAAAGAAGGAAACUGACCUCAGUUGCUUGGUCGUCUAGUUAAUAAUAACUACUAACUCUUUUGUUGCAAUCUAAAAGUCAGCACAGAUCCCCGAAUCAUUUUGUCGGAACUUAAUGUCUAGUGUUAUGGUCUAUUGAUCUGAACUGCUGCUACUAGUUUAUGAAUCUUAGGUACAUAGAAGUAGUUGCUUUAUUUUUCACUAGUUCAAUGUUCAGCGGGUAACUGUUCUGUGCUGAUGUGCUGCAGCCGAGUUGUUAUCUUGUUUAUAGAAUUUUAUUUCUUGAUGUAUGCAUAUUAUCCUAUUGCCUA